AUGAUUCACUUUACCCUGUUGUUGCUUAUCUCGCUUCUUAUUUCCUUCUUGGCGUUGGAAGCAUCGGCAGAUCUGCCAGUGAUGCAAUACUCACAGGGAAAGAGACGAGUAAUGAACUGCAACAAGUACGCCGAAUCACUGAUUGACUGUGACCGUGAGAGUUAUAAGAUAACGCUUCUCGUCUAUAGUGCUCCUGGUCUUGUUGUGGCUGCCGUUAUGAUUAUUGCCACUAUAGUUUACGGUAUUUGUAAGUACAUAUUUAAUUGCUGUGGUGGUAGGAAACAAUCUCCUAAUUUUUGCUUUCCAUUAAAGGGAUAUCCAGCAAAGUAUAGUAAAAGUGAUCUUCUUCGUCCAUUUAUUCUGGUGGUGAUUUCUUUCCUUAUGAGUUUGGCAGCCUGUAUUUGGGGUUGUGUUUCACAAACUCAUAUGAGCUCACAUUUAAGUGAAAUAAAAAGUAUUACAAGCUCUUCAAUAGGAAAAGUAGAGGAUUUAACCGCUGGAAUUAUUAAUGGUAUGAAUGUAAUGAAAUAUGAUCCUGUUACUGAUACCACAUAUAAUGUUUCACUUAUUAAAUCAAGUGUAAAUGGUGAAGUUAUUAUAUCAUCCAUGACGAAUGUAGAGAAUUAUUUUUCCAAUAUGGUAAAGGAUAAUUUUAUUUGGCUUAUUGAAUUAUUUCAAUCAUACAAAUGGGUCGCAUAUAUUAUAUUUAUUAUUCCCACAAUGGUUUCUUUUUGUGGAGUUAUAAUUGCAGUAUUGAGUUAUCGCCGAUACGCGUCUAUGUGUAUUCUUUGGCUCAUGGCAAUCCUUGGUUGUCUUGUAUGGGCUUCCAAUGGUUUCUAUGCUGCUUCCUCGUUUUUAAUGAAAGAGAGUUGUUUUGAAGUUUCUGAAUUCACAAACCGACGAACGAAUGUUCUCAAGGCAAUUUCAGAAUGUACUGAAGAAAAUUUUAGUAACACCCUCGGUAAUUUAAACACUAUUCUUUAUAAUGAAUCACAAAAUAUAUGUACCGAACUAAAGCCAUAUUGUUAUGAUAAAACCAUGACACCUUCUUUUAAUUUGGGCCUAAAACAAGUUUUUGACUGUCCAGUAAGUAUGCCCUGUACAACACUGAAAGACAACAUGUUGUUAUCAUGGCUACGAACUUCACUUUACACAGCACCGGAUAUUAUAAAUGAUCCCUCUGCAAAUGCGACUGCGGCUGCACAGGGAUAUACUUGUACUUCAGCCCCUGGACAGUUAUGUGAUUUAUCAACCUGUGCAACCUCGUGUACAGUAAAUGGUGUGUUAAGUGAAGUUGGAAAGUUUAGUAAGCGUGCACUGUACGAUUUUAACGGUGUGGCUUCAUCACGGUAUGUGGUAGACACUGUAUGGGGUCAAAUAUCAAGUUGUGAUGCUCUACUCUCUGAUCUCAUACCGUCAAUAAAUCCAUCUUGUCAGAAUCUCGUAGAUGAUUCCUUUAAUUUACUUCAAAGUUCAGGAUUGAUGGGUCUUGCAAUUAUCAUUGCUCUUUUCGGGUACGGAAUAGGUGCAAAACGCUUUAUUCCCUUCAAUCAAGCGUACAUUCCACAGAAAGACUGA